AUGAAGGAGAAGAAUCUGAGGGCUGCCUCCGACAGGGCUGCCUCCGACAGGGCUGCCUCAGACAGGGCUGCCUCAGACAGGGCUGCCUCAGACAGGGCUGCCUCAGACAGGGCUGCCUCAGACAGGGCUGCCUCAGACAGGGCUCCCUCAGACGGCUGCCUCAGUGCCUCCGACAGGGCUCCCUCCGACAGGGCUGCCUCCGACAGGGCUGCCUCCGACAGGGCUGCCUCCGACAGGGCUGCCUCCGACAGGGCUGCCUCCGACAGGGCUGCCUCCGACAGGGCUGCCUCCGACAGGGCUGCCUCCGACAGGGCUCCCUCCGACAGGGCUCCCUCCGACAGGGCUCCCUCCGACAGGGCUCCCUCCGACAGGGCUGCCUCCGACAGGGCUGCCUCCGACAGGGCUGCCUCCGACAGGGCUGCCUCCGACAGGGCUGCCUCAGACAGGGCUGCCUCCGACAGGGCUGCCUCCGACAGGGCUGCCUCAGACAGGGCUGCCUCAGAC